GAAAUGUGACGAGCGGAGCGCAGCCUUGUUUGCUGCGGAAGUGGUAUUGAGCUUUUCCUCUCCCCGACUCCAGCAGCUUUCAUUGAAUCAUUUUCACGAACAAGUGGAUCUGAAGUUUGAGCUUCAGCCCUAAUAUAAUAAGCAUUGAUGUCCAAUGGCACCAUCUGAUAUAAAACCUGGCAAGCUGGUUGCUUUACAUGAGCUGGAGGCUUCAUCCCCAUUCUUCAAGCAUGGCUCAUCUCUUCGUGUUACCGGGAAGCUACAAGCACACAGUGUGGAAACUGGCAUAGCAAUCAUCACUGAUGGAGGGGUGAGCCUCAAGAUCAACACCAAACACUUGACCAAUCUUAGUCUCCGCAUUGAUUCUAUUUAUCAGUUCAUUGGAGAGCUGCAAAUUCAAUCAGAAAAUGAUGCAAUCCUGCAGGCAAGAGUUGGUAGAAAUGUUGAUGGCAUUGAUCUUAAUCUCUAUUACCAAACUAUGAAGCUUCGUCGAAAAUUUGAAGAAGAGAUUGUGAGAUCAAGAACAAAGUAGUCUCUUAUCCUAUAGAUAACUUUUAUUUUUGUAGAGAGGUUUGGUGACGAAGAUCUAUACUAGUCCCUUCCAACAGAAAGAAGACUGCAAAUGUUUCUGAUACUUUCUCAACUCUAAUGCUAAAAGUUAUUUACUUCUGCUGUUAAUGUUCUUUGUCAAUGUUAACAAGGCACUGUUAUAAACAGGCAGCAGAAACAGCAGUUCUGAAUUUGCAAUAUUUUGUGACAGGUAUUGGAAGUUCUCAGUCUUUUUCUUUCGUUGACAUA